GUCUGAUGCUUCCUUAUACUGUGAUGACGUUGACAUUCGCUUCAGCAAAACCAUGAAUUCUUGCAAAGUGCUGCAGAUCCGCUCUGCCACCGUGGAGCGCCUGCUGGAGCGCCUGACUGAUCUUCGCUUCCUGAGUAUUGACUUUCUCAACACCUUCCUGCACUCCUAUCGAGUCUUCACCGAUGCUGUGGUGGUCCUAGACAAGCUGAUCAGCAUCUACAAAAGGCCCAUCACUGCGAUUCCUGCCAGGUCACUGGAACUCCUGUUCUCCAGCAGCCACAACACCAAACUUCUGUACGGAGAUGCCUCCAAGUCGCCUCGUGACAGCUGCAAGUUCUCCUCGCCGCCGCCCUUGGCCAUCGGCACUUCGUCCCCAGUCCGCCGCCGGAAGUUGUCUCUCAACAUUCCCAUCAUCACAGGCGGCAAGGCGCUGGAACUGGCUUCGCUCGGGUGCCCCUCCGACGGCUACACCAACAUACACUCGCCCAUAUCUCCCUUCGGCAAAACCACGCUGGACACCAGCAAGCUCUGUGUGGCCAGCAGCUUGACCAGAACGCCGGAGGAGAUUGAUAUGACCACUCUAGAGGAGUCAUCAGGCUUCAGGAAGCCGACCUCAGACAUCUUGAAAGAGUCUGAUGAUGACCAGAACCAGAGUGAUGUAGACGACACAGAAGUGUCUCCAGCAACACCAAAAUCAUUCAGAAACAGAAUCACUCAAGAGUUCCCACUCUUUAACUACAACAGUGGAAUCAUGACAUGUCGCGAUCUGAUGGACAGUAGCCGCAGCCCUCUCUCAGCUACCUCUGCCUUUGCCAUAGCGACUGCAGGAGCCAAUGAAAGCCCCGCAAACAAGGAGAUAUAUCGAAGGAUGUCUUUGGCCAACACAGGGUAUUCCUCUGACCAGAGAAAUAUCGACAAAGAGUUCGUGAUCCGCAGAGCGGCCACUAACCGUGUACUGAAUGUGUUGCGCCACUGGGCCACCAAGCACACCCAGGACUUUGAAAUUGACGACCUCCUCAAAUACAAGGUGAUCUACUUUCUGGAAGAGGUCAUGCAUGAUCCAGACCUUCUACCACAAGAGCGAAAGGCAGCAGCCAACAUCUUGAGGACUCUGACCCAGGAAGAAAUAACUGAAAACCGUAGCAUGCUGGAUGAGCUCUUACUAAUGACGGAGGGUGUGAAGACUGAGCCCUUCGAAAACCACUCAGCCAUGGAGAUAGCAGAGCAGCUGACCCUGCUGGAUCACCUUGUCUUCAAGAGUAUUCCUUAUGAGGAAUUCUUUGGCCAGGGCUGGAUGAAGGCAGAUAAGUAUGAAAGGACACCUAACAUUAUGAAAGCCACCAGACAUUUCAACCAUAUCAGUAACUUGAUCGCUUCAGAAAUUCUCCGCAACGAGGAGGUCAGUGCAAGGGCAAGCACCAUCGAGAAGUGGGUGGCCGUUGCCGACAUUUGCCGCUGCCUGCACAACUACAAUGCUGUGCUGGAGAUCACUUCCUCCAUCAACCGCAGCGCAAUCUUCCGACUCAAGAAGACCUGGCUCAAAGUCUCUAAGCAGACGAAAUCUCUGUUUGACAAGCUCCAAAAGCUUGUGUCAUCAGAUGGCCGAUUUAAGAACCUCAGAGAAACUUUGCGAAAUUGUGAGCCACCCUGUGUCCCUUACCUGGGGAUGUACCUGACCGACUUGGCAUUCCUCGAGGAGGGAACACCCAAUUACACAGAUGACGGCCUGGUCAACUUCUCCAAGAUGAGGAUGAUCUCCCAUAUUAUCCGCGAGAUUCGCCAGUUUCAGCAGACUACUUACAAAAUCGAGCCCAAGCCAAAGGUAACUAAGUACUUAGUGGAUGAAACCAUUGUGUUGGACGACGAAAGUCUGUAUGAGGCCUCCCUCCGAAUUGAACCAAAACUCCCCACAUGAGGCUGCACUCCCCACCUCCGCCGCACCGCGCCACAUUGCGCCACACUGCGCUGCGCCGUGCCAGGCCGUAACCCCAUGCGGUAACCCCGUGCCGUAACCCCGUGCCGUAACCCCGUGCCGUAACCCCGUGCCGUAACCCCGUGCCGUAACCCCCCGUGCCGUAACCCCAGCCGCUUCUGUGAACACCUGCUAUGUGAUGUUGUAGAAUAACCGUUCGUGUUCCUCUGUACUUGUUCUGCGGUGUGCGCCUCUCUGAGAAUAUAUAAUCUGUUCCUGUCGUGUAAACCCGAAGAAUAAAUAAAUGUCUGCAUUCAAAAUACAAAUGUC